AUUUGUUCCACACAUCUUACAACCUGACUAUACCUGGCCACGGACAGUCCCUUACACAGUAUCCGAGACCACACCUUCAAAAACUACCAGGAUGGUCUUUGGACUUCUCCAUAAGGCAUUAUUUAUUUUUCUCAAUGGUGCUGCUUGUGGUUUCAAAUUCGUUUUGACCCUGACAUCAUACAACUACCCUUUGGACUCAUCAUGAAAUGGACAGGUCGAACAAGUAUAGAGACGAUUGCCAUGAGAAUGGCAGAAGCUGCUGGAAUACCUGCCCGCAAAUUCCUUAGCAGCGGAGAAUAUCAAUCCCAUCGGAAAUUGUCAAUAUGGAUGACCAAGCUACCUGGCACACCGUUAGCAAACACGUUUGAUAUACUGGACAUUGUCGCUGAGGAACCGUGGCUACAUGAACUCAUGACGUACUUAGACUCCCUGUGUCAAUGGCGCGCUCCUAUCUCAACAUCUGUUCUUCGGCGAUCGGUACCUGUCUGCAAAAGCCAACAAGUCCCCUGUCAUAUUAUGGAUCCGUUCUAUAAGAAAGACGAUUUUUACAUGUAUCUCUUUAGCCCAGUUUCGCCUUAUCAUGGCAUUGACUCAGUGACAGAAUACAAGCUGGCCUUAUCCUACGCGUAGAAGAUUCAAGAGCGUCCCCAUCGAAUAACAUUCACGCAUGGGGAUUUAAACGUCCCAAAUAUCCUUUUUGACGACAACGGGCAUUUAUCUGGACUAUUUAUUGGGAGUCUGCAAGCUGGUAUCCUGAAUAUUGGGAGCUCACGAUAGCAGUUAGAUUUGGGAAAGGGAGUUAGUUGGUGGUGGCAUGCAGCUUCUUGGAUGGGAGGGUGAUCAGUAUUCUGAGUAGCUGGCUGCUGUUGUCGCUUUGAACUUAUUGACUGUUGACUCUCACGUAGCGAUGUAGAGUAUCUUCGUCUAGCGUUUUACUACCGAUGGGUCCUAGCUAAUGUGUGCGUCUGAAUUCUAGGCGGAUUUGACUCUCUGUAUGUAUCGAGGAGCUCAUAGUGUUGUGCUUUUGUGGUACUCACGUAUGCUACUGCUAUGUUAGGAUCGGAGUACUAUCUGUGGAGCCUUUAUUUAAGUUUAAAUAUAACCUUUCAUGCCUGUA